AAUUUCAUCAAAAAAUUCCACCGGGAAGUGCCCGAAAUGCUUUCGGCCGGACGGAGCAUCCCGUCAAGCCUGUUGGACAAGAAUGAGACACACUCUCUCUCUCUCUCUCUCUCUAUAUAUAUAUAUAUAUAUAUAUAUAUAUAUAUAUAUUUAGUUUAGAUCAAAUAAAAAAAAGUCAUAAUGUGUAAAAUAAGAAUUAAUCUUAGAUAUCCAAACCGUCACUUUGAUGCAUAAAAAACCUUAUCUUUUGCACUUUUUCAAUAUUUAAGAAAAUGUCAUCCCGUCUAGAUGUCGGAAAAGUGCAUCAGAUAAGAUUUAUUCGAAAAGUGCAUUAGAUAAGUAUUAUUGUGCAUCAGAUUGAGAGUUUGGACGACUGAGAUUAAUUCUUAUUUUAUACGUUAAAACUCUUUUUUAUUUGAACCCUCCCCUAUGUAUGUGUGUAUAUAUGCAUAUAUAUCCAUAAGCUUUUCAUUCGGGUGUUUCCAAGCUAUUUGUCAAUUCACCAUUUGGGACUAAAAAAUUUUAAAAAAAAGAAAAAAUGAACACUCAACGGAAUAAAUGAAGAUUAAAUAACACAUAAAAAAAAAUAUGGAGGUCUUUCUUAAUGCCUCUGCCACCUACCUGUAUUGCUGUCUCCGAUCAACGAAAAUGCCAUAUUAUGUAAAAAUGCCAUCUAUUCUCUGAAAAUGCAAUGAAGAUUACAUUAUUACUCUUUGAAAAUGUCAAUUUUUUCUCUAGAACUGCCAUCAAGAUAGCAUUAUUGAUGCAUGUUGCCAUUUUUCCGGUGCUGGUGCUGGGAGGUACCUUAGGCAGCGGCAAAGGCUUGCAUAUUUUUUUAACUAUUUUUUAUUUUAUUUUUUAUGUUUGUUUUAUAAAUUUUAUAUUUUCCUUUUUCAUUUUUAUUAAUUUUUAUAAACAUUUAUUUUUGGUUUUUUAUAUUUAAAAAAUUUAUUAUAAGCAGAAUUACUUUAUGACAUUUUAUGUUUUAAUUAUUAAUAAAAGUUUGAUUUGUUUUAAAACAUAGCAUGGGUAUGAUUGGAAAGUUACUCCUAUGGAGGGAAUUUAAAAGUUAUUCCGUAUAUUUCUAUUUAUGCCAUUUAAAUUUCAUUUGGUUCUAUUUGGAGGAUAUAUCUAUACUCCAUUUUUUAUCGCAAAAAGCCUAGUUAUUAUUACUAGCGCAAGACCCUUCUUGGAUUUGGGACGGUCUUGUUGUUAUGUAAACCUGUUCACGAACACUUAUACUAUCUAUAUAAUUAGUGGACAUCACUUAUACUAUCUAUAUAAUUAGUGGACAUCAACAAACACCUUACGACUUGUUUGCAAUUUCCAAAUGUGCUUCACUAUUAACGGUCUUUUGAUAAUGAUAAUGAUAAUAAUAAUAAUAAUAGAUUUUUCUAAAAAUAUUAUUAAAAUAAAAUUCUUUUACAAAAUAUGGCUAAAAGUUUUCAAAAUAUAGGGUCAUGAUAUAAAACCUGAAAAUAAGUUAUUACACUUAAAUUAUUAUUAUAUUUACUACACUUUGUAAUCGAGUAUAUGUGUAUAUGCUUAUAUUAGAAUGUUUUUAAUUGAUCUGGUUUCAAUCACACACCUCACCAGAUCAGAUCAUUUUAACAUAUCUGACCACACACAGGGGCGGAGCCAGGACACUUUUAUUUGGCCGGACUGGGCCAGUACAAAGAAUAUUUUUGAAAAAAAAUUACACAUAAUUUUUUACACUUAAAAUUUAGACAUUUUUAAAAUUUGGGCUGGGCCAGGGCCAGGGGUGGCCACCCCCUAGCUACGCCCCUGACCACACAAGACCAUACUUAAACAGACUAGGUAAGACUUAGACAUUUGUAAAAUACACAUAGAGCAAUCAUCUAUCAAACCAUGGAGACAAGGUGAGAUCAUAUAUUCACGGAACGUUAAGCUUACCAAAAGCUCUUAAUUCCAUCUCCAAAUUAAUGGCUAUAAAUUAAGUACUUGCACAUUCUUAAAAAGUUAUGUUUUCCUUAAAUACGCAUUUACUUAUUUCCUCCGUUUUUGUUCAUAUAAUGGUCUGUUUACCUUGUAUGCAUUAAAUAGACGUCAGUCUUAAAGUCACAACUCACAAGUAUAAUCAAAGUCUGGAUAUAGGGAAAUCUUCCUAGACAUUCUUAAUAUGUAUCCAUCUUCACAGUUGUGUUUUGGAACAUUCUUGAUUGCUGCUUUUCUUUGCACACGUUUUGCAUACCAAGUAGGUGGUGAAUCUCUUGAGGGGGGAGGGCAGAAUGAGAAUUAUACAACCAUUUACGUCGACUCUUCUGGCCAGGGAAAUUACCAGACAAUCCAAGCAGCAAUCGAUUCAGUUCCUGCUGACAAUAAGGAUUGGAUAUGCAUUCAUAUCAAAGCCGGAACUUAUAGAGAACAGGUGAGGAUCCCGAGCGAGAAGCCAUAUUUAUAUCUAAAGGGAGAAUCACAAAGAAGAACGGUCGUAAUUUGGGAUGGACAUGACAGCAUUCAGAAAGCCACCUUUUCUUGUGAUGCUGAGAAUAUACUCGUCAAAAGCAUCACUUUCAUUAAUUCAUACAACUAUCCGCCGGAAAACAGCACGAACCCAAGAAGAGUGGCGGUGGCAGCAAAGUUAUCCGGUGAUAAAAUGGCGUUUCACCGGUGCGGGUUUAGGGGAUGGCAGGAUACGCUGUGGGACGAGGGUGGCCGCCACUACUUCAAAGGAUGCUCCAUUAGUGGAGCUGUAGAUUUCAUUUUUGGUAACGGCCAAUCCAUCUAUGAGAGUUGUUCUAUAUCAGUAGAGAGAGGUGCUGAAGAAGGGAUGAUUGGGUACAUCACAGCACAAGGGAGGCAGGACCCUGGAGAAAGCAGUGGGUUUGUAUUUAAGAAAUGCACUGUUCAUGGAUCUGGUGAAGCUUACUUGGGAAGGCCAUGGAGAGACUAUGCUCGAGUCAUCUUUUUCAAAACUUACAUGGAUAACAUGAUUGUCCCUCAGGGAUGGACAACCAGUUCUGACACUUCAUCCAAUUUGGAUAAGUUGACAUUUGCAGAGCAGGAGUGUAGUGGACCAGGGGCAGAAAGGUCAGGGCGAGUGAAGUGGGUAGCGGAACUGAGAGGGGAUGAGUUGGAUAAAUUUACAAGCCUCUCUUACAUUGAUGAAGAUGGCUGGCUUCGUGGCCUUCCCCAAAAUAAGCUGUUUGUGUAAAAUUACCAGCAUAUACCAUCAUCAUCUUCCAUACAUGGCAGUACUAUAGUCUAUAAAUAUCAUAUAAAUGGCAGUAAAAUAAAAAAAACAAGAUUUUAUACGACAGAAAAUUUGGUGCAAAAUUCUUUUUAAUAUAUAUAACCAUAUUUUUACAUGGUUUAUGUAUGUUUUGGUCCCCUGCACCGGCUGCACAUAUAGCAUUUCUAGUGUCACAACUUGUCAUGUAUGUAAAAUAUUUUCUUUUUAGUGCCACUAUAAUUCUGGGCAAUUUUUAUUAAGCAAAAAAUUAUUAUCUGCUGCGUAA